AGUGAGGCUGCAUCGUAAAAGUGCGGAAAAUUACGAGGGUAACUCAACGCACUGCGAGCUCUGUGUGUGUGUGUGUGUGUGUGAGAGAGAGAGAGAGAGAGAGAGAGAGAGAGAGAGGCAUCGGAAAAUGGCGAGCACUCUCGCAAGCAGAGCAGCUUCAGCGGAGAGAACAGCUAGCUUGUGGAGGAUAUCGAUUACUAGUUUCCUCAGAAACUUAAGCACUUCUUCUUCCACUCCAAAUGCAACAAACCCUACUACCUCAGCUCCGUCGGCGGCGAACAAGUCCAAGCGCAAGAAGAAGAAGAACUUGUUCGAGGUGGCUCAGUUUCUUCCCAAUUGGGGAGUCGGAUUCCAUAUGGCCAAGACCCACUGGUACAACGUCUCUUACGAGAUCACCAAGAUCAAUCUCUACAAGGAUGGUAGGCAUGGCAAGGCUUGGGGAAUCGCUUAUAAAGACGGUUCACCAACUGCACCUGCCAAGAAAAUAAGUGGAGUUCACAAGCGCUGUUGGAGAUACAUUCCAAACUCCAAGAAAAUUGAAGAAGGCGCCUCAAAGCCAGAAGUUCAAUCUGCUUGAUGUCAUUUCCGAAUUCUAAAAAGCUACCGUCUUGGCCUCUGUCUCAGAAUUCCAUACAUUUCGUUGAAGGUUGAUGCUGUCGACUUCAGUCCGUUGGAUAGUUUAGGUUAUGGAGGUUGUAUUCAUCGAACAGUUCUUAGGUCUCUGCAUGUUUUUUGGUUAACUUAGUAUCUUGUGUUUCGGAAGUGGAGACAUGAUUUUGUACCAAAGCAAAUUGAGAUACAUUUUAUCAGAACAGAGAUUUUUGCAAA